AUGGAGGCAAGUUCCCUCGAAAUGCCGUUGGAGGAAAGAAAUGAGUACAUAUCUCCCUUCAAAACACUUUUCGGAGCGAUAUUCCAGAAGGAGGUUUGCGGAGAAGGGCGAGCGUUUGAAGGCGAUUUUGCCGGAUAUGGUUCAACCUGGACUGGUGGGGUGGACAAUAUGAGCCAGGAGCUUGGAAUGGAAAAUGUCUUAUGUCACGGUGAUUUAUGGUCCAUGAAUGUUUUGUGGAGGCAAAAUGGAUCUAAUCUUAGCAUGGCUGCUGUUGUGGACUACCAGCACAUUUCGGCUGACCUGCAGGCCAACCGAAUCUUGUGCGGUACUUUCGUGCAUGUCUCAGCGGCAAGGAUCGCCGAAGAACAUUGGGAACAGCUCGCUGAGGAUUCUAUUGGUUUUAUCUCAAAUCAAGAAGUAGGUGACAGGAAAAUGCCAUACACUCUUGAUCAACUCAAAGAAGCUUAUCGCCAAUACUUUCCGAUCGGCGCGUUUAUGAUAGUGCCUAUGACAGGAUCAUUUUUCGAGCUGGUGUGUAAGACCACCGAUGAGGAUCCUCAAAAAGAAGGGUUGCGAAAUUGUUCAUGGAGAAAACUGAGUGUCUGCUUGAUGACAUUUUCCGUUAUCACGACCGGAACAUGA